AUGACCCAGCGGCGAUCCGUGGUGAAAACACGCGCAAACACGGAGGGUUGGGACGGCCGCUGGAAGUUUCCAAGCGUGUUCUUCCGCGCCAGCCUUGUAUUCUUGGAGGCGUCGAUGGACGAGAAGGAGGUGAUUCGCAAGGUGCACCCAGUCGGAAAGUGGCAGCGCAGGCAGGCCCACAAGGCUGGGCUCGGCCAGCCAGCCACCGCACUCGGCCGAGCAAGACCGUGGAACGGACUCAGAUCAGACGAGAGAAGUAAUGCUGAGCUCCUGCCAAGAGACCAGGUGGUACUAUUCGUCCAGUUGAGGACAGGAUAUACUUUAUACGAACCCAGCAGCGGGCUUUUCUGGGAGCUUAUACAAACUCAACGUCGUGGCUUUGCCAAAGCUCACGGGGUUUACAUGGCGAGAAGGGGUAAAUCCUACGGCGCCCGAAAUACGGAACGGACUACUACGAGUUAUGGUUCUGCCACGGACAAUUGGGGCCAUGAGGAGCGCGGCGGGCUGUGUUUCGAUCUUCACCGCCCCAUUGUUAGUUCCAGAUUUUCGCAUUACCUCGAGUAG